ACCAGGGUUGGGGGAGAACGAGUCCCAGUGGCGAAGCUUCAACGUGAACCUCGACGCCCGGACUUGCGAGGGUGAGAACUGGGAGGAGUACCAGUUCCCAUGUGCCCACGCCGUGGCCAUGUGUAUUCUAAAGAAGCGGAGUGUGGAGAUCUUGGUGCCUGAGUACUACACCACGCGCAAUCUUUGCCAGACAUAUAACCGGGAUGUGUUGGUAGCUUGUGUUGACCGUAUGGCACAGGCUGCAGUGGGGGAGGAGGAGGAAGAGGAGGAGGAGGGGGAGGAGGAGGAGGAGGAGGAGGAGGAGGAGGAGGAGGAGGAGGAGGAGGAGGAGGAGGAGGAGGAGGGUGAGGAGGAGGAACCUGCUGCGGGUGAGCAGCGCGGGGAGGACCAAGCUGCCCCCGAAUGA